AUGCCCGUCGGAAUUGAAGCAUGGCUUACCGAGGUUCCUCCCAUUACCCGUGGCUGGAUGAUCCUCUCGGUUGCAACUAGUGUGGCGGUGCAAUGUCAGAUGAUAACACCUGUGCAACUUUACUUUAGCUAUGGUUCGGCGUUUGGCCAUAUGCAGCCGUGGCGCCUAUUGACCACUUUUCUGUAUUUUGGUCCGUUAUCAUUGGACUUUGUUUUUCAUAUAUUCUUCUUUAUGCGCUACUCUCGCAUGCUGGAGGAAUCUUCGUUCGCCAAUCGCCCAGCAUCAUAUUUCUGGCUCCUACUAACGUCUAGCGCCUUUCUUAUAGCGCUUUCUCCUCUAUUCACUCUUCCAUUCCUCUCUUCUCCACUCGGGUUUGUGCCAAUAUAUGUCUGGUCAAGGCGCCACCCGACAACUCAAAUAUCCUUAUUUGGGCUGAUGACAAUCACUGCCCCAUACUUACCACUUGCACUGAUUGGAUUCAGUUGGAUUAUCAAUGGAACCUGGAAAGCAGCCGCGGGAGAUCUCGUAGGCUGUGCUGUUGGACAUAUUGGAUGGUUUGUGCGAGAUGUUUGGACCAGAGAGGCGAUGGGAGGCGAAACGUUUUUGUCUACACCUCCAGAAGCAAUGUGA